UUUUUUUUUGUUUUCACUUUCUGUUCAAUUCUAUCAUGUUUUCUCCACUUUCUGCUCACCAGCCCCAAGCAUCCCAGAUAUGAAAUUGCUCUGUCAGCAUAUAGUGACCUUUUCAUAGUUAAUUUUUCCAGACGGAUACGCCCCUAAAUACAGGUAUGGCUUUUGAAGAUGAUUCUAAAAAGGAGCUGCAGAAAGUUGGUAUAAAAAUCUCUCGAAGCUUUCCUCUUUCUGGGACUAGUCUGGCAUCUAUGGAGUCGUUGUCCCUGCCAAAGGUCCAGGAGGUUGUUCUUUCUGCAGAUAUGCAAUGUGAGAAGUGCCAGAAGAGGGUUGCUGACAUUAUUGGUAAAAUGAAUGCAGAGACCGAGUCCGUGGUGGUGAACGUGUUGGAAAAGAAGGUGAUACUUACUUUCAGAUUACCAACAAUUGGUAAAGUAAUCACACAGCAAACUACACCCAUCAACAAGACUCCUGUUGCCAUCAUCAAACGGAUAUUUCGCUCUUCCCGUGAUUAAUUACCAACAAAUAUUUGCAUUGGAUAUAUUCAAUUGAGUACAUUUUUUUUUUCAAUAUGGCGGAAAAAAAUUUUCUUCAAAAAUGAUGAAAUUUUUUUGAAAUGUGAAAAAAAAAUGUAUUCAAUUGAACAUAUCUAAUGCACUAAAAAUUUGUUCCUUAACUAUAACUUAAGAAGGAUCCACAUGUACAUAAGAUUAGGUAGAAUGAUUUGACAAUGUACAGGGGAAAGCUUUUUUAAUUCGUGAUUGAAUUUAGUUUUGUAAUUGCUUGCUGCGCAUCAGCGUAUGCGUUAUCUAGACAAGGAUUCUGAAUUUGUUUUGUUAUUCGUCCCA